UGUGCACAAAUGGCCGACCACCCCUAAUUGAGGCUUAACCACAAUCGAAGAGACCUUUUCAGAGCAUUCCAUCCUGGGUUUCCGAGGAUGAUGUUGAUCGCGGAGAUUCGCUCCAUCCAAUCAUGUUCGGCCGUUGAAUCCCUCCACAAAACCCGCCCAAUGUUCGUGCGAUCCUGGUUUGGAAGCUCGAUCGAGAGCUCGUCGACCAGUCUUCUCCACCACCAAGCGAGUUGUGUGUCAGUUGAUCUGGCGCUUUGGAAGGGAGAACAUAUCUCGCGCUAACGAAACGAAACCAAGUGAAGUGAAUGAACCUCAUCAACAAACCCGGAAAGAAAGAGAAGAGGAUUGUUAUAGUUUUCGCGGGGGAUGGAAAAAAGGCAGCACCCGAACACCAUCCAUCCAUCUGCCGUGUAGUGAGCUGUAAGUGAGAGAGUGUCCGAUGUCCUCAUCUCUUUUGGGACCCGGACGAGAGAGAGGCCAAAGGGCAGCUGCAGUUUGAAUUUGGGACGAGAGGACUUUCCCUUGGGGGAAGCCUUGAACGAACAGAGUGCGUAUAAUCAUCCCCGAAGAGCAGAAGAGAGAGAGCGAGAAAGAGUGGCUCAAAAUUAUCGAUGUUCGGCGAGCGAUAACGGUUAUGCGGAAUAAAGAGUUCGUCUCCUCGUAUCUCGUUUGAGUAGCGAGUGUGUGUUUGAAUGAGGAUCGUUAUUAAUCGAUAUCACUGGAUUGUGUGUGUCCUUCUCGAAAAAGCCGUUGAACAAGUUCAGUCCGUGUGUCAACAAAGUGUAGGCACAUGUUAUUAGUUUUUUCCAGCCGAUCAGGACAGAUUGGAGGUGAAAUUCGAAAAACGAAAGAAACAAAUCGAGGAGUGAUCGAAUAACGACGAUUGUUGUGUAAACUUCAGAAUCCCCACCUGAGGAAUGCACCCCAACGUAUAAGGCGCCGAAUCUGGAGUGUCGGCUUUGAAUUGGACCAACCAAUUGAGUCGGGUGCGUUUGUAAUUAUCAUGAAUAUGAGUGAUGGAGAGAAGCGCCCAGAUCUCGGAAGCGUCUGAUUCUAGACUUAUGAACAAUUCCCGGCCAAAGUUGGUUGACGAAUCCGAUUCCGAACCAUUGUUGACUUGCCGACGGCGUUCCAGAGCGAAUUCCUUGGGACGAGAGAGGAAGUUUCAAUUAACCAAAAAGAACAACUUGAGCAUGGAGAACAUCCAUGACCACAAACGAGAGAUGUCGCCUCUCAGCUAUGAGAAGAAUGUACGACGGAUGAUCGGAGCCGGCUCUCCCGCCCAACCAGGCCCUCAAGAAAGGACUCCCAAGCCUGUAAAGCAAAUCCGAUUUGAUUUGGGAGACGGGCUCAUCCGGGAUAUGAAUACCACAUUCACGCCUUCGCCCAAAGAGUUCAAGCGCAUGAAUAACCAACGGAAGACCCUCCGAAGUGCGAGGUGUAUGUCCACAAUUGUCACCGAGAAGGAGCGAGCCAUCCUGCAACGAAAGCAAGAGGACAGAAGUGCCAGUCCCCGGAUCCCCAAUGGCAUUGUCCAGUCCAUGUGCAGAUUGUAUGCUGACAAUUUUGGCUCGUCGUCCUCUUUGAAAAAGAGCUCUCCAAACGGGACAAUCAAUCGCAGUCAUAGUUUCAAUAGUCCCGGCUCUCCUAGGGUGUCCAGUGGGCAGUACUCUCCCCACUCGGACAAUCUUGAGAUUGAUAUUAAUGAGAGUCCUUCGCCCAGCGAGACGUCCUCUCAUUCUCCUACCCAAGACCCGGGCAUCAUGGGUGAGAGGAAAGGCUCUUUCCGUUUGUUUCGAAGUCGGAGUUGGUCCUUCAAAAAGAAAAGCAAUUCAUCCCCCUCCUCGUCGUCAUCGCCAAAUGAGGUCAAACGAUGCUCGCCGAGUUACAGUACCAAGAGCCAGGAUUCGGGCUUCUCCGAUUCGGGCGAAUCCCAUAGCCAACCUCAAGGAGGACCGCGAUCCAGCACGUCAUCCUCUUUGCCAGAGGAAGAAAACAGUCCAGUGGCACAUGUCAAAAGUUCAAUAGGGAACAUCGCUAGUCUCCAAGAAGGAUUACGAAUGAAGCGAGAGAUCUUCGAAGAGUCCGAGAAAGAGAGGAAUCCCCAUUCACAUCUGCUCUCCCACAGCGCUUCAAAUCUGUUUGUUCAACAUGUCAAUGAGGAAGAAGAGGGCAAUAAAGCCAGCAAGCAGUUCUAUCUGCGAGAAAUCACCAAGUUUCAUCAACAGCAACGAUCUCAAGAGUUCCACUUGGAGAGCUCACAACUGAGCGAGACACUGGACGAUGCCAGUCCCAUGUUUUCAACCCCUGUCCGUGCCUCAUUUCGACGUAGACCCCGGUCCAUGAUCGAGGAAGCUCGAACACCGAGUAAAAUCGAUUCCCGGAUUCGGCUCCGGGAGGUCAAAGCCAAGCAUCAAGUUAUUCAUAACGGACCGUCCAGUGCCUCCAGACGAUGGUCCAACCUCGAAAUGGCUGCUCUUCAAGGCCAGAUGGGCCAAAUGGGCCAAAUGGGCCAUGUGGGGCCAGGGAAAGCGACUCAAGAGUUGUCCAUGAUUUCUGAACCGCGGAUUUGCGACCGAUCCGAAAUUCCUGAGGGCAUCGAGCCGUCUUUGAUUGCGGUUUACAGUCAGUAUAUGAACUAUGAGCCCACCCUCACCGACAUGUCGCUCCAAAAGAGUUACAGCCGCGCCCAAAACGAUCGAGAUAUCUCACAAAUGAAUCUUUUACCGGGUGCGGCCGUUGAUGGAACGACCACCCAACUUAUGAUGGAGUCAUUCAACAACCAACAACUCCAAGACACGUCGGCUCUUCCACGACGGAUUCUGGCUCCUGUGGAACAGAGCACUCUUCUCUCCACCACGGAUCAAGUGGGACAUGGGGCAAUCAUUGAACUGGAGACAAGUGGCAGCAGUGGGAGUAGCAAUCGAAGUCUUCAUCAACAGCAACUUCAAUACCUAAAGGACAUUCAGCAAAUCACUCAACAUCAUUAUUCUGCCUCGGUGGAUUCCAGGUCUCAAAGUUCUUCGGAAGCUAGCAGCUUCUUGAAUUCGAGUCCCGUGGACGAGUGGUGGCGAGAUCUUCACAUUUGGUGUGAACCCGAGUGUAUGACAUAUCUUCAGAGCAAGCCCAUUCUUCAUCAAGAAGCCAAUUCCCAACAGCCAGGUUCUUCAACCAAUCAGGUCCAGAUUCUUGACACGAACCAGAUGAUUGAGAUCAUUCGCAAGCUUCAACGGGGAGCUCGGGCUGUGCAUGUCACUUUCAAUGCUUUGAGCAAUCACUUUUGUGCCAUGAACCUGAUUCAGAUCAGUAAAACGCUCUCCACCUUGAUGACCCAAGUGCAAGAAUUCAUCUUUGAAUACAAUCUGAAGAGAUCUUUGACCCACCUCAAUGGUCUACCUUCGGACAAAAUGGAUGGGAACUCGAGCAAUGUGGGCUGGGAUUUCCCAGGUUUGAAAAAUCGUCGGAACUUGAUCGCCAACCAAGAACUUUCCAAAGAAUCUCAGAAGUUCAAUGAAAUCCUUUUACUCCAACAACGCACCGUUCUACAGAUUGUUGACCGGUUAAAACUUUGCGCCCAUCGAUGUCAGUACACUCCACAACAACCUCUUGCCGAAAUCAAACGCAUUCUAGCUGCCUUAGACAAAGGUUUCAAUAACCUGGUGGAUAUGAUGCUUUCCCGAGAAAUGCAGCUACUCAUCCGAGAACUGGAUACACCAUCGUCAGAAAUUGGCCUUCGCUCGGCCUUGAACACUGUCAUUCUACUAGGGAAUGAGGGAUCCAACCACUUGUGCUCAUUAUUGGCCCGGGAAGGUGGAGUUAGAUGUCUCUUGAGACAUUGCCAUCUCAUAUAUUCGCCGUUGCCAUCCAUGACCAAUCUCAAUUCGAGUCAAUCUAGUCCCAUCACGGUUCCAGCCGAUGAAAUUCGAAUCCUAGCUCUCCGCGGUCUUAGCUCUAUCUGUUGUGUAGCAGAAUGCAUCCGAGAGUUUGAACAGCGCGGAGGUUUAAAUGUGUUACAUGAGCUGCUAUGCACGCGACAGUCUUCCACUGAAGACCGUAUCGAAAGUGCAGGAGUUCUAGCUCAGAUCACCUCCCCGUGGAUCAGUGACAACCACAAGAUUAACAACCUCGACUCGUUCACCCUUGACAUGGUGGCAUCUCUCAGUGAUCUUGCUAGGAUCAAUGGGGGAGAGGAGACUUUCCUUUUGGUAACAGCGGCAUUAGCGAAUCUGACCUUCAUGUCACCGAUGACAUCGGCAGCCAUGAAACGGUGCUCCACCGUGAAGAUAUUGGUCAAAGCUGUGGAAGCCUCUCCAUUCACCACGUUAUUCGCCAAAGAUCAGGUUGUCACAGUGCUGGCAAAUAUGGCGGCAAAUUCAAAUUGUCGUCACGACAUCUGUUCAGUUCGUGGAGUAGAGUUCCUUCUAUCCAUGCUUGAUACCAAAGUCAACGGCCAACUGAACCAAGCCGAGCAAGCUGCGGCUGAACGGGUGCAAAAGAAGGCUGCCAUUGCUUUGUCAAGAUUGUGCAAUAGUCCUGAGGUGUGCAUGGAAGUGAUCCAAUUUGGUGGGAUUGACCGUUUGGUAGAGCUAUGCAAGGACACUAGUGAACGAAAUUAUAGCGAUGCUGUCUUAGUCGCAUGCUUGGCCGUCCUCCGAAGGCUGAAGGCCAACUUGAACAAUCCAGAGAUGAAGGCUGUUUUCGACGACUUGAACGCGUCGGACUUGAUCCAACCGAAACUGGUGGACUCCUUCUUAGAAUACAGCGUCAAACAAGAGAGUUACGUCUAGUCAGAGUUAAAACUCCAGCGUGUCAUAAAAGAAGAACCAAACAAAGAUUUCCUCAAACCAAAUCGAAUAAAUGAAUGCAAUUUUUUUAUCCUA